ACAUGGUCAAUAGAACAGCCUGAAGUCCUUGGAUUUCAGUAGAAGUUUUCACAAUCUCUUUUGACUGACGCUUGAAGAAAAAUGGAAUACGUGCCGGAGACAAACCGAAAUGUCAUCGGUUUCAUUCUGUGUUGUGAGUGCGGAACACAGAUUGAGCCGAACCCAACCAACAUGUGCGUGGGUUGUGUGAGGACCAGAGUGGACAUAACAGAAGGAAUUCCGAAACAGGCAGUUCUGUACUUUUGCAGAAAUUGUGAGAGGUAUCUACAACCUCCGGCACAAUGGGUGCCUGCUCAACUGGAGUCACGAGAACUCCUCGGCGUCUGUCUUAAGAAACUGAAAGGACUGAAUAAGGUCAAUUUGAUAGAUGCUGGAUUUGUGUGGACAGAGCCUCAUUCGAAGAGGAUCAAAGUGAAACUGACUGUCCAAAAAGAGGUGCUGAAUGGUGCAGUCCUCCAACAGGUGUUUGUCGUUGAGUUCACGGUGAAUUUUCACAUGUGCGAUGACUGUCAUCGUGUCGAGGCCAAGGACUUCUGGCGGGCUGUCGUUCAAGUCAGACAAAAGACAACUCAUAAGAAGACUUUCUUCUACCUUGAACAGUUGAUUCUGAAACACAGCGCACAUCUGAACACCGUUAACAUCAAGCCAGUUCAUGGGGGUUUGGACUUUUACUAUGCAGCCAAACAAGAUGCCAGAAAACUUGUUGAUUUCUUGUUGUCAGCUGUGCCUUGCAAAUAUCAGGUGGCCCAGGAGCUGGUGUCCCAUGAUGUCCACAACAACACGUUUAACUACAAGAACACGUUCUCUGUAGAGAUUGUACCUAUAUGCAAGGACAACAUUGUGUGCCUACCUAAGAAGCUGGCUCAGUCCCUGGGAAGCAUCAGCCGUCUCUGUAUCUGUCUGCGCGUGGCGCAAACCAUACAGCUGAUUGACCCAAAUACCCUACAGAUGGCAGAAAUGAGUGGCGCAAACUUCUGGAGGACUCCAUUUGUCAGCCUCUGUUCUCCUAAAGAGAUGACUGAGUAUAUGGUGAUGCAGGUGGACCCCGUGCCAGAGAAAGAGAAACCCCACAGAGCCCAUGCAUCUACCAAGCAUGUGUUAGCAGAUCUGUGGGUGGCCAGAAUGAGUGACCUGGGGUCAAAUGACCAGCAGUACUACUGUCGCACGCAUUUAGGCCACCUAUUGAACGCUGGGGACAUUGUACUAGGAUUUGACCUCAUUAACUCCAACUUGAAUCAUCCUCAACUGGAGCAGAUGAGAGCAGACAAACUCCCCGAUGUGAUCAUUGUUAAGAAGGUGUUUGAUCGGUCUCAAAGGAUCAAGCGAAGAAAGUGGAAAUUGAAACACCUGGACAGUAACCUUCAGAUGGAGACAGCAAGCACAGAAAGAGACUACACUGAUUUUCUGGAAGAUCUGGAAGAGGAUCCUGCCUUCAGACAGCAUGUCAACAUUUAUAAAGAUGAACUAAAGAUUGCUGUGGAUACCGAUGACACUGAUGAUGAAGGGGCUCCUCAAAUUAGCCUACAGGAGAUGUUAGAUGAUCUUCAUAUUGGCGGAGAUGCCACGGGCGAGGCUGGGGCAGAAAUGACAGAGUAGAGCAAAAGGCUAUAGGGUUGGGGUGGACAUCUAUAAUCUUGCGUUAUACUUGGUAGUAUGGUCUUAACAGUACACAAUAUUCUGUGUUAUCUUUUUGUGUAAAACCAUGAAAAAGGUAACUUCAUGGUGAUUGUGAUGCAGUGGUGACAUCCAUGAUGAAGAUUGUGUCCAUUGUGAUCUUGAUGACAUCCAUGAUGAAGAUGGUGUCCAUUGUGAUCUUGAUGACAUCCAUGAUGAAGAUGGUGUCCAUUGGGAUC